AUGUAAAAUUAAUAUUUUGUGAAAGGUUUAGGAUUUGCUCAAAGAUAGGAGCCACAAGAAACAAGAUCAUAUGGGCGUAUAAAAAAGAGUCCAUAUUCAGCAUAUAAUAAUCGAAGUUACAAUUUAGUAUGUGGAAAAUUUUAAAUUUAGAAUUAUCGUGAUAUCAGAAAUUACAACGAUCGUUUUAAGAGAUUAAUUCAAAUUGUCAAUUAAGCAAUUAAAAACUAAGCAGCUACAAUGUUUAAAUAUUUGAGGUGUAUUUAAUUUGUAAAGUUAGCAUUUAUGUUCAAAAUAAAUAAUAAGAAGAGAUCAAAGCUUAAUAAAAAGUAAUACAGGAUGGGCUAUUAAGAUUUUAACAUGCUAUAUCAUUAUAUAAUCAUCGAUUGAAAUGUUUAGGCUUUUUACGCUUGGCUAAAGUUGAUGUAGUAUCACAUUUGAAAAAAGAGUUAAGAAAUUAAAAAUAAUAAACUUAAUAACCUUUAACCCAUUAAAUAUUCAGAAAAUGGAUGUAGCUAACCUUUGAAUAAAAAUUUACUAGACUAUUAAAAUAGCAAAAAUUGAAUAUGAUAAGUUUUUAUUAAUUUACUUUAAAUAAAAUACUAACAAAGGAAGAAUCUCUAAAAUCAUGGAGUUUUAACAAAUUAAAAACUGCACAGAGAAAAUAAAUUAUAAAUAAAUUAAUUACUAAUAUAGGUUUAUAAUAAUUGCGAUUGAGUUUAUUCAAUUCUGAGGAAGCAACGUAUUAGUAUUUAAUAAAGCCUUAAAACUUACAAAAAAUAAUUGCAUUCUAAAAGUUAAAGCAUUUUUAAUAUUUUAAUUCAAAUCAGCAUUAUUUUAUAUUAAUUUUCACGAACACCAUCAGUAACAUCAUUAAAUUACAUAAGAUAGUAAAAUAAAUGCAUUGAGAACUUUGUUCAUAUAAUCCAUUAGAAUAAUAGAUCAAGAAGUUGAGCAUACAGUACCAAAAGAGUAAUUACAAUAAUUUGACAUUGAAUUAGCUAGAUUAUCUGUGCACUCUAAAUUGGAGCAUUAAAAAAUGUUAUAAAGAUAGCUGAAACAAACUGAUUAAGAAUCUCAUAGAGGGAUUUGUGAAAUAUUGAAAUAUAUAGUCAAUAAGCAACUAUAUCCAAUAUUUUAUUAAAUAAAAGGAUUAAAAUAGUCUUAAGAUGCUGAAGUUUAGGAUGGCACCGUGAAAAAUUUAGUAAAAGUAGAUUUUAUUAAAGAGUGUUAUAGCAGCCCGAUUAAGUUAGAAAAUUAAAGCAAAAAAUGGAAAAUCCUAAAAACUUGAGAUUAUUUUUCGUAUUGAAUAGAUUUUUCGAAGAAAUUAUCAUCAUGAACGAGAAAUUCUAAGAAAUAAAUUUAAAUAAUGGUAAAUCAAUAUAACUUUUCCUACUUCACUGUAUCAUGAUUUUGAAAUCAGACUUAGAGUUUUAAGAAAUGAGAAGGUAAUUAUAUAAAAUUAAAAUUUAGGAAGCCAUUAUGGGUGAUAUUGAAUAAUUAGAAAUUUUGAAUAAUGAAUUAUUGAUGACAAUGAAUUAAGUGAAAAAAACAUUUUUGUCUGAAGAAUCAAAUUUUAAUACAUCUCACAAAAACGAAUAAAAAUAAAUUGAAAUUUAAAGAUUUGAUAUUUAAGAAAAUUUAACUACAUAAAAAGAAUUCAAGAUUGCUUUUGAAUAUGUAGAUUAUUUAAAAGAAGAUGUAAUUUAAUAUAUAUCAUAUGUAUAGAACAUUAAUCUAAAGAAACAAUUUUAAAAGAAUGAAUAAUUAAUGAUGGAAGAAAUCUAAUAAUUAGAAUUAUAAUUAUAAGUAAAAAUAAUUUUUAUUUUCUUUUAGGAGCUUAAAAAAGAAUUAGAUAAUUGAAUCUUGCUAAAAAUUAUUUUUUAUAUUCGCUAAAAACAAUUAUUUUUUAAAAAUAAAUUUUGAAUUUUUGAAAUAUGAUUAUAAAUAUUUUAUUUAUUAAAAACAGAAACUAGUAGAGCAACUAAAUAUGUCAAAAUCACUUAUGCCAGCAUCUAAAAAAGUUAUAAAGUAAGAAUUACAACUGAAUUGUAAUAUCAAAUCACUAACCAAUAUACCUUAAUCAACAAAUAGGAUAUAAGAAAAGUAGUUCUAAAUAAAAUAUAGUUUUAUUGAAAUCAAUAAUGAAACCUUAACAAAAAGAUCAAAUUAUCAUUCUAUAUUAAAUGAUAAAAAAUUUUCUCUAGCAAAAAUAAAAGAUAGAGAUUCUGAACUUGAUUGUAAAUUGAAGGAAUUAAAAUUGAUCAAUUUAGAUAAAAGUUAGCCUAAGGGUAUUUUGAAACCUACUAAUUCAAAAAGUAAAGAUCAUUCAAACGAUCAUUAAGAUAUUUUUGAGUAGAAAUAAAUUCAUACCAAAAGAAUCAAAUUUUCUAGCUUAAAACCAAUUAAAUCUCCAUAUGUUUAAAUAAACACAGAUAUUAUUGAGACACUCUCUCCUAAAAAGGUCUCUUUUAAUACUUAAGUACACAUUAAAUUGAUAGAGGAAAAGUUUUAAUUUAAACCAAAAAGAUAGUGUUAGCAGAUCUUAUUGAUAAUAUAUGAUUACAUUUUUAGAAUAAUUAUUUAGUUAAUUUAUUUAUAUAUUAUUUUUUAUUUUCUUAAUUUAGAAGAAAAACAACCUAUUUAAAUUAAUCAUACAAAUGUAUCACAAAAUUAUUCAUCAUCAAUAUAUAAGAUUGAUAAAAUUUUAGACUUUAGAAGGAAUUUUUAUUACUAAUAUAUUUUAUUUAUAAAUAUAUCUUGA